AUGGAGUCCUGGAUUGGGCUUCCUCAGGACGCCUCUGAGACGCUGAAAGACGCGACCAACAAUUUCAUCCUAAGCAAGGCUACGGAUGAAGACAGGGACGUCAAGGAGAGAUUUGAUCAACAGCUGCAGAGGGCUCAUGCAGCUGCAGAAGAUCUCCUGACAGAGUCCCAAGUGAGUGGCUCACCUGCACCAUGGCAAGUGCCAGAGGGAUACGGUUAUCACCUGCAACUGCUGCGCGAAUUGAGAAUCCUGGAGGACCAAGUUCAAUUUGGGUAUGAGAUGAGAGAGGUGGAAGAGCAGGCAGAGGUGGCGGCCCAGGCCCUCUCUGAACAUGUGAUGUCUCUGAAACUUUGGGACGAGCCAGCGGAUGCAGCUGCUGAUGCUUCAACCGCUAUGGGAGAGACAGACUCGUUCUUCAGAAGUACAACUGGAAACUUCCGCGACACUGUCAGUGGCUUCAGAGAUACAGGCCUCACCUUCCGUUCCAACUGUUCCUUUGAGACUGAUGCCAAGGCGGAUGCCAGUCCCAAGGAAGAUAUGUUGGAAAUCAUCCUGGCUGAGCACAACAAUCUCCCAGAGAACAUGCGGAAGGAGUUGGAGGAAUUUGAGGCGGACCUUGAAUUUCGCAGAAAUGCUGAGGAGAGGCACAUUGGCCUCCUUUCUGUGAUGCAAAAGACCAGUACCUUCAGACAUGAUCCCGACUUCCGCACAGAAGCUUGGACAGAGUCCUGA